AUGUAUUUUUCAAGAUUCGUUUACCGUGCGGCAUCGGUCCCCGGAGACCGAUACCAGAGCUUUCCUCUGGUGCGGUAUAGAUCGCCGGGGAUCGAUAUCGAUUCUGAAAAACUUGCACCGUUCAUAAGAAAAUAUCUGAAGUCCGCUGUACAGUCCGGUUCCUUGAUUCAGACCAAAGGAAAAGGAGCGUCUGGUUCUUUCAAAUUGGCCGCUGCCGGAUCUACAACUAACGCGUCGAAGAAGGUUGCGAAAAAAUUGGUCGAGUCGGCCGAUGGAGCAAAUAAGAAUGCAUCAUCUACAACGGCAGCCGACAAGAAGAACAAAUCCCCUGCCAGGUCUACAUCUACAGUGAGUAAGUCGAAAAAGAGAGCGGCAAUUGCUACAGAAAAGAAGAAGCCAAAAUUAACGAAAUCUCCUUCGAAAGCUAAGAAGGCAAUCAAAUCGCCGACGAAGAAGCCCAAAGCACCGAAACCAAAAACGGUCAAAUCAGUAACGGCUCCGAAGAAAGUAACGUCUCCCAAAAAGAAAAAGUAA